AUGGAUGGUGCUCAGGGCCAGCCAGGCCAGCAGCAGCAGGCGCCGCCGCAGCAGCCCAUGGCGCAACCACAGCAGCAUUCCAACCUGAUUCGAACCGAUCAAGUCCAAAAGCUCCCCCACCUGAAUGACCAGCAAAAGGCCCAGCACACGCAGCUGGUGCGCAACCUAUGGGAGGCCCUCAACACCCGCGAUCCACAGAGCCAUGAAUACCAGACAGCGCAUGUCAAGCUAUCGCAGCUAUCACAAAACCUGAUGAAGGGCAUGCGGAUGUUCCAGCAGAACCGUCAGCAGGCGCUCCAGCAGCAUCAAGCUGCCGCCGCCGCGGCGCAACAGCAACAACAGCAACAAGGCCAGCCCCAGCAGGGUCAGCCGGUUCAGCGUACCCAGUCCAACAACCCUCAAAACCUCACCCAGCUACUCCCCCAGAUCCAAGCAAAAGUCAGCGCGCUGAACUUUUACCUCCCUCCGAACGUGACCCAAGAGCAGGUCCAAAACUGGAUCCCCGAGGCUCGUCUUCGAUAUGGUAUCGCGCUUCAGAAGCAGGAGGUCGGUCGGGCUCGAAUCACAGACCUGCGCCAGCAGUUUGCGCAGCGACAGGGUCAAGGCAACAUGACACAGGAAGAGAUGCAGGAGUUUAAGAACCGCCAGCUAGCGGCCGAGAAGCUUUUCCGGGAAGGUAGUGACUUCCUGACUAAAUUCAAGGAACAGCAGGAAAGCUUCAAGGCACAAUCUCAACCUGGUCAGCCAAUGAGUCAACAAGGACAGAUGACAGGCGCACCUCAACCACAGCAGCCUACAGCUCCUGUAGGAGCAGCACCAAAUGUGCCUGCGCCGCAAGCCGCACCUCCAAACCAGGCCGGUGUCGCAACAAACGCGAUGCCUGGCCAGGCUCCAACCCCAGCUCCCCACACCAUCAACUCGGCUGUAAAUGCGGCUCGUAACCAGGCAGGGCAAGUAAUGUCGCCCUCGACCUCACAACCAGGGCAGGUACCCUCCGCAUCCCCGGCAGGUGCGACACCCGCACCUUCCAAUGCGCAACCUCCAAUCCAGCGACCACAACCACCAUCGCAACAGGGCACACCAGGAGCGCAAGUGAGCUUUAGCCAAACUCCCAACCCGGACGGAUCCACGCCCACCCCAACUGGACCACCACAGCCGAUGAACCAAGGCCCUCCUCGGCCUCUCUCACAACAGGCGGCGAUGCAGCAAGCUGCCAACUACAACACCAGCAAUCAAGGUCAGCAGCAAAACCAACAAGUCAACCAGGCCGCAAACAACCAGCAAACUCACCCUACCGGCUACCUGGCCAAUCGUUCAACAGACACUCCCAACCGCAGCAUCAACAUGGUCAUCCCCAAGAAUCUGAACGUCUCGACCCCGGAACCGGUCCCCAUGCCUGGCUCACGCCCCACCUUCUCUGGUGGCCCUAGUCACAACCAGAUGGGUGUUAUGGGCCAGCCAGCCAUCCAGAAGCAUCCCGGUUACGUCCUCGAGGGAGAAGGUCAGCAUGUUCUCAGCAAGAAGAUGCUUGACAUCCUUGUCCGCCAGGUCACCGGCGGUGGUGAGGGCGAGAACCUGACUCCCGAUGCAGAGGAGUUCAUGCUCCAGAUGGCCGAUGACUUCGUCGACGACGUGAUCACCCAGGCCUGCCGCUUGGCCAAGCUGCGUCCCUCCUCGACCCUCGAGAUUCGCGACAUCCAGCUCGUCCUGGAGCGCAACUUCAAUAUGCGUAUCUCGGGUUUCGCUACUGACGACCUCCGCACCGUCAAGAAGCCUCAGCCUACCCAGGGCUGGCUGCAGAAGAUGUCUGCCAUCCAGGCGGCCAAGGUCACCCAGGGCCGGACUGAGUGA